CUAAUGCGGUCGCCGUCAAAAAUUGUCAAAACAAAGUGGAGAUUUUUGUUGCUGGCCAAUUUUUGCAAUUUACAGUGAAAUCUCUUGAUUUGGUUCUGUAAGCUGUGCUGAAACCACUAGUGAUAAUCCCAAUGUCUGCGAUGAAGCUGUACAAUCUGGCAAGAAGUGGCCAGCGCUUCUUGGGAGUAGCGAAUCAAUUGCGCUAUUGCUCCUCAUCAUCUGUGCCGGCUCCGUCGGCAAAUGGCAAGGGCGGCGGAAACUACACGUACGUAAACGAUAAGCCCGUAAGCAUGUCCUGGGAAGACCUCACGGAAAGGGGAGCUGCCGUAAUGUUCUGGACAGAGCUGACGCGCGGAUUUGGUGUCACGCUGGCGCACAUAUUCAAGGAACCGGCCACAAUUAAUUAUCCGUUCGAGAAGGGCCCCCUGAGUCCCAGAUUUCGUGGCGAGCACGCCCUGAGGCGCUACCCAAGUGGCGAGGAGCGCUGCAUUGCGUGCAAACUGUGCGAGGCCAUCUGUCCUGCGCAGGCCAUCACCAUCGAGGCGGAGGAGCGAGCUGAUGGGAGCAGACGAACCACGCGAUACGACAUUGACAUGACGAAGUGCAUCUACUGCGGCUUCUGCCAGGAGGCUUGUCCGGUGGAUGCGAUCGUGGAGGGGCCCAACUUCGAGUUCUCCACAGAGACCCACGAGGAGUUGCUGUACAACAAGGAGAAGCUGCUGCUCAACGGAGACAAGUGGGAGUCAGAGAUCGCCGUGAACAUUCAAGCUGACCACUUGUAUCGCUAAAGACAGCCCAAAGGACUCGCGGUAUGUAGUUUGGAGUGUUAUUUAAAUAAAUAUGUAAAAAUUUAA